AUGGAGAAUUUUGAACAAUUUUUGCUUAACCCGAAUGCACAAGAGCUUGCACGAUUGCUUCCAAUAACUUGGAAAAAUUCGGACGGUUUUGAAAAUCUCGUAUAUUCGAGAGUCUUUAACCUGAGAGUACCAACAAGACUUCCGAUAGCAAUUAUUCAAGUAAAAGAAGAGAAUGACAUUAUCAAUGGAGUUAAGCUUGCAAACAUUUUAAAUUUGAAGGUUUCUGUGAUUUCAGGCGGACAUAGUUGGGCCGUUUGGGGUGUAAGAGAAGAUGCAUUAAUGCUUGAUUUAGGAAACUACAAAGAGAUUCGUUUCAAUGACGAAACCAGAACAGUGACAGCUUCCACCUCUAUUGAUGGAAGAACAUUAAAUUCUUACUUGUUGAAAAAUAAGCAUCGUUUUUUUCCGGGAGGUCAUUGUCCGGACGUUGGAAUAGGUGGAUUUUUGCUCCAAGGGGGAAUGGGAUGGUGUUGUAGAGGUUGGGGAUGGGCAUGUGAAAGGAUUAAAUCAUUGAGGGCUGUAACAGCCGAUGGUAAAUUACUUACUUGCAGUGAAACAGAAAAUUCUGACUUAUUCUGGGUUGCAAGAGGAUGUGGCCCUGGGUUCCCGGGUAUUGUCUCUACUUUUGAACUUGAAACAAUUCCUGAAAAAGUUUUGUAUUCAGCAACAUAUAUAUAUGAUAUUUCUAAAUUUAAAGAGGUUAUGAACUGGAUCGUCAAAGUAUCGCCUACCACUGAUCAGGAUGUUGAAACGGUAGUUGUAACUUCAGUACCAGAAUUUCAAAAGAAACCAGUAGUAACUGCUCAUAUUGUUUCUUUUAAGGAUUUAGACAAUGACUGCAUUACAGAAUUACGUAAGUAUGAAAACUCUAAACCUCCUGGUGCAUUGAGUGAAAUUUUUGGUAAAAAAACUUCUUUAGAAGCUGAAUACGAAGCCCAAGCAAAUGCAAAUCCAAAACGCCACAGGUAUAGGACAGAUAAUGUUUAUCUCAGAUCGGAUGUAAAUGUUGCUGAUGUUCUCGAACAGUCAUUUACAACAAUUCCUAACCAAAAAACAUUUUGUCUCUAUUUAUCAAUGGACCCUUUGACUAAAUUAAAGGAUAUGGCACUUUCUAUGCAGACCGAACAUUAUGUUGCAAUAUAUGCUGUAUCUGACAAUAAAGAAGAAGAUGAUCAAGUGGCCAAUUGGAUGUCUAGAAGUUUUCAAUCAUUAGAAAAAUAUAGUGCUGGUGCUUAUCUCGGUGAUUCAGAUUUUCAAAUUAGGAAGACACCUUUCUGGGGAGCAGAACAACACCUCAAGCUUAACAAAUUAAGAGAUUUUUUUGACCCAAAAAAACGGUUUUGUGGGUAUUUGAAGGAUCCAAUAAAUGAGAAAAAAAAUAAUGAAUUAUCUUUACAUGAGGUAUUGCACAGCAAGGCAUCGUUAUAA